AUGAACAUCGAGGUUGGGAACGUUUCUUAUACGGGAGCCAUCAUUUCCUGGUCGUCCUCGGAGCCCUGCCUGGAGGACUAUUACCAUAUUAUGUAUAGGCCCAAUUGGAACAGCAUCUUCUCUGGCUAUCUUCGCUACAGCUUCCACCACGAGGAGAAGGUGCCUCGAUCUAUCAGCUCCGUGGUGCUGGAACACCUCGCCCCUUCCACUCUCUACUUCCUGUGCAUCAGCUGUAAGAAGGCUGCAUUCCCCUACAGGCACUACUGCACCAUGUUCCACACCCUGGAUAAGAGUCCACUGGCUGCUGGAAGCUCCCUGGUGGACCCCCAAAUCUCCCUUUGGGUCUUGAUGGCCAUUCUGCUGGCCUGCUUCACAGCCGUCUUAGCCUUCAUCUGCCUCCAGUUCUGGUGCAUCCGUUGCCAUGAGCCUCGAUGGUCUUACAGAGCUGGUCACAUGGAGGAAGCCAAUGGGUUGGUGAGAUGGCCAGAAGAGGCCCCAGCUCUCGGUCAGAGGGAGGAAGACCUGCAGGGGCUCCCCCUGGUGGAAAUGCCACGCAAGAACUCCGGAGCUGGAGCAGAACCGGAAGCCGAAGCUGACCAGGAAGCCCCGGAUGUGGGUGCCUUACAGAGGGAGGGUGGUGACCAACCCGCCCUACUGCCUCAUUUUGGGGAGUAA